AUGUCAGAGUUCACCGAAGCAAAUCGCAAAUACUUUGAUAAGCUGGCCGCUUCUUACAAGGGCCGCUUUGCCGAUGCCUCAAGGAUGCUGGCAUCACAGACCUUACAGCAUCGUAGCUGGAUCAGCGAUCGGUGGACCGAUACAAAAUCUGGGAGUGGCAAGGAGAUUAAAAUGCUUGAAUAUGCGUGUGGUCCUGGGGUUGUAUCUAUGAGUUUGGCCCCUUUCGUCACACAAAUUGUUGGAAUCGACGUAUCCGAUAAUAUGGUUGCAGAGUUCAACCGCAACGCUAGCUCUCUGGGGCUUGCAGACAAGGUAGUUGGCUACAAAGCAGAUCUACUAUCGGAGGAUGCCCCGGUUCAAGAUGUUGAAUCUGCCUGCACCAAUCUGGAUGUGGUGACAGUAAGCAUGGCGCUUCACCAUUUUGAGCACCCUGAUUUUGCUCUCAAGAGACUUGCAGGGCGCUUGAAUCAGGGUGGUGUGUUUUAUAUCAUCGAUCUCGUGGCGCAUUCCGAUUCUCAUGGUCACGGACACGAGGAACACGAGCAUAACUUUGCCGAAGCAGCCCACACCAUCAAAACGCACGGCUUCUCCCAAGUGGACAUGCAAAGGCUAUUUGAAGAUGCCGGACUCACUGGCUUUGAGUACAAGGUGCUACCCGAACCUCUUACGUUCAACACCGAUGAACGAUCCUUUUCAAAGACGGUGUUUAUUGCACGAGCCCAGCGUGUGUAG